GUUUUUAAUCACAGAAAGGAUCCUGAGAUGUCGUGCAAUCCAGUUAUUUUGUUCGUCGCGUUGUUGUGCGCGUUCGUCGUUGAUGGUCACGAAUGGGUCACAGGAGUUUGUCCUAGUUCGGUGCCGUACAUGCCGAAUUUUGACAUAGAAAAGUUCACCGGAAGCUGGUUCGUGAAACGCAAGACUGGCACGUACAGCAGCUGUCUGAAGAACCGCUAUUUCUUCACAAAAGGAGAAUGGAGAGUUGUCGAGAGCCGCGACUGGCUUCCUCUCGACGCAAUCGGCGUUCAGUCGAAUUUGGAGCAUGAAGGGUACUUGUCUGUUCCUGAUGCAUCUCCGGCGAAGAUGCGGCUGAAUGCUUUCACAGAUGUCGCUGGAAAGGGGGACUACGUCGUCGUAGACACGGACUACGAGAACUAUGCAGUCAUUUUCGAGUGUCAAAACAUUGCUAAUUUGCUGGGAUUAGGUGUUAGCCGGAGGUCAGGUGCGAUCUUGACGCGCGAUGUCGAUUGGAACAACCCCGAAGCGAUGCAUAAGGCUCAAGAAGAGUUGACGCCACUUGGCGUUAAGACAGAUGAGGUCAGUCAUGUGGGCUGCGAAAAGCCGAACUUCCAGGUUACGGUUGACAAGGACCUCAUGGAAAACGUCAGUAAUGCAGUUGGGCAAGCCAUUGGCACAGCGUAUAACUCGGUCGAAGGCGUCAUCAGACAGGGAGUGGACAUGUUCACGGAAGCCCCGAAGGUGACGAAUGCUGCAAGCACAGAAUCGAAUGCGAUUCCAGGUGACAGGGAACUACUUUCAGAAGUCGUCGAUUUGCGCUCGGGAACCCCGAGCACAAUUGAGAAGGUUGUUCGUCAGAACGAUCCUUGAAGAUUUGGCCUCAGGCCUGUCUUUCUUUGUUUCAAAAAUCAGAUACACGUCUCCAACGAAUUUUAUGAGUAACCAUGAGUGUCUUGUCCCGCGCAUUGCAUGGCACGAGUUCGGCGAAUACAGCUUUCAAAAUUAUUGAAUCUGUUA